GAUGCAGCGUCUGCAGUCUCCACUCUUCACCUCAGUGCGCCUGACAGCAGACAGAGGGACGGAUAAAAAGCAUUUGUGUGUUCAGACAGUGUAACGCCGCCUCUUUUUUUGCUUCAACUCACAUACAUCUUUUUAAACACGUCUAAUUUUAGAUAGGAAAGGUAAACCGCUGAAUUUCACAAGGUGAAUUAGCACCAAACAACAAGAAGAACGAAAACGACGAGGUCUGAAUGGAGCUCCGCGGCUGAGUCGUUUUCCCUCGGUCAACUUCUUCAACUUUUUUUCUGGAUAUUAACUGUUUUUGCAGCGUGGUUUGGCCAUGGUGGACGCGGCUGAGUGCGGAGUGAAGGUUAUGUGCCGCUUCAGGCCACUAAACGAGUCGGAAAUCAGCAGAGGAGACAAAUUUAUACCCAAAUUUAAAGGGGAAGACACGGUGGUGGUCUCGGGUAAACCUUAUGUGUUUGAUCGAGUUCUGCCUCCCAAUUCAACCCAAGAGCUGGUCUACGACUCCUGUGCUAAACAGAUUGUUAAAGAUGUGCUCGAAGGAUAUAAUGGCACCAUUUUUGCCUACGGCCAGACUUCAUCAGGGAAGACCCACACCAUGGAGGGGAAACUUCAUGACCCUGAGCUUAUGGGCAUCAUCCCUCGCAUUGCUCAGGACAUCUUCGACCACAUCUACUCCAUGGACGAGAACCUGGAGUUCCACAUUAAGGUUUCCUAUUUUGAGAUUUACUUGGACAAGAUCAGAGACCUGUUGGACGUUUCCAAGAUCAACCUUGCUGUUCAUGAAGACAAAAACAGGGUACCUUAUGUGAAGGGCUGUACAGAGCGAUUUGUUUCCAGCCCUGAGGAGGUCAUGGAUGUUAUUGAUGAAGGCAAGGCCAACCGUCAUGUAGCUGUCACAAACAUGAAUGAGCACAGCUCACGCAGCCAUAGCAUCUUCCUAAUCAACAUCAAGCAGGAGAACAUGGAGACGGAGAAGAAGCUGAGUGGGAAGCUCUACCUGGUGGAUCUGGCUGGUAGUGAGAAGGUCAGCAAAACUGGAGCAGAAGGAGCCGUCCUGGAUGAAGCUAAAAAUAUCAAUAAAUCUCUCUCUGCUCUGGGGAACGUCAUCUCCGCACUGGCUGAGGGAACCAAGACUCAUGUGCCGUACAGAGACAGUAAGAUGACCCGGAUCCUGCAGGACUCUCUGGGCGGUAACUGCAGGACCACCAUCGUCAUCUGCUGCUCUCCAUCCGUCUUUAACGAGGCCGAGACCAAAUCCACUCUAAUGUUCGGCCAGAGAGCAAAGACCAUCAAGAACACCGUGUCAGUAAACAUGGAGCUGACGGCGGAGGAGUGGAAGAAGAAGUAUGAGAAGGAGAAAGAGAAGAACAGGGGGCUGAAGAUCAUCAUCCAGCGUCUGGAGAACGAGCUCAAACGCUGGAGGAAAGGCGAGGCAGUUCCCGUUGAAGAGCAGCAUAACAGCAAGGAAACGAAGACCUCUAAAGCCACGCCCAUUAUCGACACUCUAGCCCCUCCCCCACCGCCUAUUUCCGACACAGAGAAAACCCAAUAUGAGGAGCUGAUCAAUGACCUCUACCAGCAGCUGGAUGACAAGGACGAUGAGAUCAACCAGCAUAGUCAGCUGGUGGAGAAUCUGAAGGAGCAGAUGGUGGAUCAGGAUGAGUUGUUGGCGUCGCUGAGGCGGGACUACGAGAAGCUGCAGGAGGAGCUGGGGCGUCUGCAGCAGGAGCACCAGGCCGCCAAGGAGGAGGUGAAGGAGGUGCUGCAGGCCUUGGAGGAGCUGGCAGUGAACUAUGACCAGAAGAGCCAGGAGGUGGACGAGAAAGGGAGGUCCAACAAGCAGCUGAACGAGGAGCUCUCACAGAAGAGUACGCUACUAGCCAGUGUGGAGAGGGAUUUGGCCACCCUUCAGGAGAUGAGUGGACAUCAUAAGAAGAGAUCUGCAGAGAUCCUUAGCAUGCUGCUCAGAGACCUCAGCGAGAUCGGAAGCAUUGUCGGCACCAGCGACCUUAAAGCUAUGACAGAAACACAUGGAGUGAUGGAGGAGGAGUUUACCAUGGCCCGCCUCUACAUCAGCAAGAUGAAGUCGGAGGUGAAGUCUCUGGUGAACCGCAGCAAACAACUGGAAGUUGCCCAGGCUGAUACAGCACGCAAGAUGCAGGCCAAUGAGAAGGAGCUGGCAUCCUGCCAACUGCUAAUUUCCCAGCUCCAGGCCAAGAUUAAGUCCCUGACAGACUACAUGCAGAACGUGGAGCAAAAGAAGAGGCACCUGGAGGAGAGCCAGGAUUCACUGAUGGAAGAGUUGGCUAAACUCCAUGCACAGGAAAGGAUGCAUGAAGUGUCUGUGAUGGACAAGGAGAAGGAGCACAUGAGCAAGAUGAAAGAUGCUGAAGAGAUGAAGACAGCUCUUGAGGAGCAGAUGGAGACUCACCGAGAGGCCCAUCAGAAGCAGCUCUCUCGUCUCCGAGAUGAGAUCGACGAGAAACAGAGGAUCCUGGAUGAGCUGAAAGAUCUGAACCAGGCACUUCAGCUGGAGCAGGAAAAACUCCUCUCUGACUACGACAAGCUCAAAGAGCAGGAACAAGAGAAAGAUGAGAAGCUGCAAAAACUAGUUUUACUAAAUGAGAAGAGGGAGCAGGCCAAGGAGGAUCUGAAGGGUCUUGAGGAGACGGUGGCAAAAGAGCUACAGAUGCUCCACAAUCUGCGCAAGUUCUUUAUUGAGGACCUGAACACGCGUGUCAGCAGGAGUGUAGAGUUGGAUCCUGAUGAGGGUGGCAGCCUGGCUCAGAAGCAAAAGAUCAUUUUCCUGGAGAACAAUCUGGAACAGCUCACUAAAGUCCACAAACAGCUGGUGCGGGAUAACGCAGAGUUGCGUUGCGAGUUGCCUAAGUUGGAGAAGCGUCUGCGGGCCACAGCUGAGCGGGUGAAGUCUCUGGAGGCAGCACUGAGGGAGGCCAAGGAGAACGCCAUGAGGGAUCGCAAGCGCUACCAGCAGGAGGUGGACCGCAUCAAAGAGGCUGUCAAGGCCAAGAAUCAAGCAAGGAGGAGCCACAUUGCACAGAUUGCCAAGCCCAUUCGCGCUGGACAUCAUCACUCAGCUGCCACCGGCUCGCCAGGCCACAGCAUUAGAGGAGGAGCCCAGGUCGCGUCCAGCCAGCGCCGUCAGCACCACUACCAACAAGCUCAGCACUACCACCACAGCAGCAGCAGCAGCAGCAAAUGAAGGACAAAGAGAUGUGGGAAGAAAAAUGGCUCAUCGUGAGCUCACUUGAGCAUUCUUCCUGUCCAGAAUUCAUCCGUCCGUUUUUUCCCAUGGUGGUCUAUUCUUGUUUCAGGAACACAGAUGCAGUCACCUCUGAUCACGUUGAGGACUGAAGCUGUUUUUUUCAGAGAAUAUCCAUAUAUGUGCAUCACGACUGACUACACUGGCUCAUAGACAUACACGCGAACCCACACCGACGUGGAAACAAUGGACCGUCCGUUACGUCCAAUUAAGCACUAUUAACCCCCCUUUUCUCUAUUGUCACCCCCCUUGUAGUUCUGAACAUCAGUACAGUUUGAACUGUUAAAACUGAUUGGUCUGAUUGACCCGAUUGACUUUUUUGUCCCCCACAAAUGCUCCUGGAACACAACUGUAAGACCCCAAAUCUUUGCCAGUUUUCAACAAACUGCAGUGAUAAGGCCGUGAAAUGAACACGGCCAUCUCUGGUGCCCUUAGCUGCAGAAUGAGGGCUUUUUCCAUGGUUCCUCUAAUUGGCAGUGACCCAGAAAAUCCUAUUUUUAUUGCCUGCUCAGAACAAGCACAGACAUAACCAGGAAUGUAGUUUGCUGUAGAAAUCCAACAUUGUCGAUUUAAGGCCUCUGAAUGUAUUAAGGAGUUGGUUUUUUUUUACAUGCCAAAAAAAAACUUCAGUAAUAUGGGCUGAAUUUUAUACUUUACAAUCAAUUUAUUUAUACUGCAAAUAAUUUAAAAAUGAGUUAAAAUGUUUUUAGUAGUAUUAUUUAUAUUGAGGUUUCAUAUUUGUUUGUGUUUUUUUUCUUCACACGUCUGUUCCUUUUUACAUAUGAAGUCAGGGAUAUGUGUUUCUAAGUGUCAUCAGUACUGGGCAGGAACUGCUCAAACAUCUGAGAGAGUGAUACAAUCAGCAUCCACUGAUGGGUCAAACAGAAAAUGCAGGUACUGUACUUGAAGUUCAAGUAAUAUAUGGACGUUUUGAUCAUGCAUAUGUAUGAUGAAAGCUACAUUUAAGGUUACUUGACCUUUAUGUGAAAAUAUCCAAGCAUUCUGAAGGAUAAUUCAACUGAUUUCUGCAUAAUUCAGUGGUUGAGAUGUAAACAGGGUCAUUCAGAGUGGGUUGGUAUGAAAUGAAUAAAGAGACUCAGAUUUCUUUACAGUGGUGGUGAUAGCAACCAGGGGUCACCACGUCUACAUCACAAAUAUAGCCAUUUUAUUAAUUAUACAGAGCAACCAGUGAUCUUACACCUACGUCUGAGCUUUUGUGUGUAGUGAAGAUGCUGGUUAAACGGGUAAAUCUGGAAAGAAAAGGUUUUGGGCUAUUUUGCCUCAUAGCACCCUGCAUAACAAAUAGACCUAGGCCCAAAUCUUAGUAUAGAACUAUCAUAAAAAAUAGCUUGGGCAUCAGGCAGCACAUUCAUAACCAUUUCAUGUAAAAACUUUCUUUGUGUGAACAAUUCUGACUCACUAAGUCUCUCCAGAACGGAGCAUUUCACACCAAAUCACUCUGAAUGACUUAAGUUGACUUGAGUUAUGCAGAAAAUUUUGGAAAAUUGGUGGAAUUGCCCUUUAAGGCUAGAAACUUCUAUUUAAAAAAAACACCCCCCCCCCCCCCCAGAUGCCUUAUUCUGAUAUUAAUAUAGUUCUUAUUACUUUUUACACAUUUUAUCAAUAUGAUACAUUUUAUUUAUUUAUUUAUUUAUUUAUAUUUGAAUGUAAAAUGUACAUGUUUGUUUGUUUGUUUGUUUGUUUAAUUUCUGCAAAUGUUUCUUGGAGCUUUCCGCUGCACUGAUGCUGACCAGCCACUCAGUUCAUUGGGCAGUGCAAAAAAAAAAAAAAACAUUAUUUAUUUAGUUUUAAUCAGAUUUCAUGUUUUAGUUCUUGCCUUCCUCGUGUUAUUGUGCUGACCAGUCACUCAGCAUCUGGCUAAAGGGAAGACCAGAUAUUUAAUGGUGCUCGAAAAAACGUUUUGUACUAAAACUACACUCUUAAAAUAGGUGCCAUAGAAGGUUCUUUGAGUGAUGACAUAGUAACACAUUUGGUUCCCUAAAGAACCUUGAUUUGUGAGUGUGAAGAGCCUUUGAAAGACAUAAAGACGCUUCAGAUAAGAAAAAGUGCUAUAACAAUGUAAAAGCAGUUCCUGAAAUCUUUCAAUCAUCUGGGGUCCAAAAAGGUUCUUCACGCUCAUAUUUCACUUACAAAAAUGGUUCUCUAAAGCAGCGGUUCUAUGACUCUUGUGUGUAUAGUAAGUGCUAAUGCACCCCCGUUUCAUUACAUUACAGAUAAUUCUUUAAGAGGGUGCGUUGUGUUGGUUGUGAAUUUUGAUUGAUCGGCACAUCAUUUAAUAACAAUAAUAAUGAUACCAUCUAAACAAGUAGCACUUUUUAGAUAUGAUCAAAGCAGAUUCAAUACACAAAAUUAAAGAUGGCUAAGUAGAGACGUAACCUCUGCGAUUUUCCUGCAUUCCUUUAGCGCCCCCUUGUGCCAUGCAAAAGAAUUGCGGGAACAACAAUCAGGCAAACUUGUGCUGAUAUCAGCAAAAAACAGCAUUUAACAAAUCAAAGUUGAGGUGCUAGCUGGACACUGCACCUCUCUCUGGUCUGUGAGAAUGAAAUAUAUGACUUUUUAUUACAUUUGUUGCACGCUGAUGGGAUCACCACGUUGCGCAUAAACAUGAGUUCAAAUGCAUGCACAGGAAAUCAAGCUCGUGCUUUGCAGCAGCAGCUUUUGGGGAGUCCAGUCCACACAAUAUAUGGCUGCGGUGGCACCCUCCUCAUAGGACCACAUCAUUUUAAAACCAGACAGUGUUUAUCUCUCAGUCAAGGUUUAGUGGAUUGACAUUGACUAUUGAGUAAAUGUUGAAUUUAAAAGGUUGAUUAGCUGGACAUACUAGACACACACACACACACACACACAUAUAUAUAUAUAUAUAUAUAUAUAUAUAUAUAUCGCUGUUAU